UGAUUUGAUUUUAUGAAGUGUUUAAUUAGAUAAAUAAGUUUAGGGGUUAUGUUUAGGGUGUGGACGACUUAUAUUUCAGUCGUCUGUUGAAUAAUUUACACGGACGACGUAUAUUUCAGUCGUCCACAUCGUACCGAACCUUUAAUUUUACCAAUGUACGUUUUAACCUAACCGGAUCAUUUACCGGACAUAUAAAAGCUAUUUUUUUCACUAUUUCACAAUUUUACGAAACCCUAGCGCCGUUUCUCUCCAACGGCGAUUUCGAAGGCGAUAAGACGAAAACCCUACCGUGGUCGUGUUCCGCCGUUAUCUUCGCCGGUAAUCUCUCCGAUUACGACGAAUCUCGUUUCUUCUUCAUGCCGUAGAGUAUUUUCGUAGUUUAAACUGACCGUCCGCUUCUUUUUUUCAGAUCUGAAAUCUCGUUUGCCAAACUCCGCCGCCGGUAUGUUAUUUCUCAUGUAUUAAGGCGUUUAGCCGCCGGAAAAACCCUAAAUAUUUUAGUAUUGAUUCUUCUUUUCCCUUCGAUUUGCAGAUCUGUAACGGCUUGGGGCCACAUCUUCUCCGACCAUAUCUUCUCGGACAAUAUAUUCUCCAACUGCCUUAAAAUGGAUUUACCAGAAUUCCCGCCGAGGAUGUUUACAUUAGGAGAAGAGCCUGAUGCAAUCAGGAGCAUUUCGUAUCAUUCUGAUGACACGAAGUUGUUUAAAGCUCUAUGUGAUUGUCUCACAGCUGACGAAUAUGAGGAUCUGAAGGCGUCGAAGUUAGGAGUGUUCAUCAAAUUCAAGGAGCUUGACUUUGGUUGGACUUCAAGGCUGGUACAUUUUAUGCUCUCUUUCCAGCUAGACAUCAAGAAGAAGUUUGAGCUCUGGAGUCUUGUCGUUUCACAACCUGUGAGGUUUUCACUGAUAGAGUUUGAACACCUCACUGGGCUGAACUGCGAUUACAUCAAGGACCUGGAAAAUCCAAGGUGUGAGGUUACGACGGAGAUGGCUGCUUUCUGGGAGAAGAUGCGUGUUGAUAUCGAUACUGGGCCAAGUAUUGAACAGAUAACAGAAGCAUUUUACAACUGCGACGAGUGGUCUCGGGAUGAUCGCAUGCGGCUGGGAUACCUUGCCAUCUACGCAGGGUACAUCGAAGGGAAAAAGUUCUCAUCCGCUACAUCAGCUAGUCUUGCAAGGCUAGUGAUGGAUUUAGAAAAAUUUGAGAAUUAUCCAUGGGGGAGAGUGGCGUUUAAGGUGCUGAUGGAUUCUCUGAAGGCAAAAGACUUGACGCAAACUGGUUACACUGUUGAUGGGUUCAUACAAGUGCUCCAAGUGUGGGCGUACUAUGCUCUGCCAGAAUUGGGUGCUAAUUAUGGGUCUCCCAUACCAAACAGACCGUCUCCACUGUUGCUGGCUUACAAGGGUGGCAAAAGACAACGCAAAUUUUUUAAGGCUGCUAUCAAUAAACAGACUAUCGUGAAGAACUUCGUUCAGAAGGCUUUUGAUGAAAUGUUUCCAAAAUGGGACGGAGACGUAGAUGACCCUGCCGCGGAUAACAUAAUUAAAGUCAUGUUUAAUGAUCCUGGAUGGGAGUGGACCAUGGAAUGCUGGCCAGUCACCGGUACUCGCAAGGUUGUGAAGAUGGAAGUGAGUCCAGUGAAGAAUGAAGUGAGUCCCGUGAAGUCAGAGAGUGUUGUGAAGGAAGAAAGUAGCAGACCUCGGAAGAAAGCUCGUAAAAGGUCUUCUGUUUCUGCUGAGACACCUGCGGCGGGUAGUGAAGGGAUGACGCAUCAGCAGAUUGAAAAGUCCUUGAAGGACAUAUCUGAUGCCAUUAAUCUUGGCUUUGGGACGUGCCUUAAGGAACUCAAGUUACUGGCGGAUAGGAUGGUAGCUGUGGAGAAGAAGGUGGGAAUCACCAACAGAGAGGGUUCAUCUGAUGAUCGUCAACUUACAACCACUUCAAAUCCACCAAAACCUGUUGAAGAACCCGGGGUUAGUACCAAAACCUCUCCCAAAAUUGCAGAGAAGAGAGUCACUAGGCAAAGUGUUAGGAAGAGUCAGGACUGAUGUGCUUUGUUUCUUGUGUGCUUUGUUUUUAGUGUGCUUUGAUGAACAUGAACCACUGUAUGCCUUGAUUCUGAACAUGUGUGCUUUGUUUAUAGUGUGAA